UCCGCGAGGGCGGAGCCGAGGAAGCCGGCACUUCUUCCUUCCCCCCCACCUCCCCUCCCUCCCCAGCCUUCCCCGCGAGCGGACGCGGCAGCGCCUCUGUCUCGCUUUUUCUUAUUUUUUCCCCCCCUUUCCCCUUUCUUUUUUUUUUUCUUUUCUUUUCCCCCCUCCCCCCCUUUCACCAUUUCCUCUCGGAGGCGCUUUCCCCGGGCAGGGGCAGAGCCGGUCUCACCCCCCCGCCUCUCCCCGGCCCCCGCCGCCCUAUGGCGAGAGGGAGCCUCCUCCCCACCCGGGCUCGAGCGGCGGCGGCCUCAGGCCGGGGGUCAUCAUGGAACUAAUUCGCUGACCGACCCAGCGCCCGCAGCCGUGCGUCCCGCUCGAGCGCCAGCGCCCGCGCCCCCUGAACCGCUUCCCCCUCUUCUCCCUCCUCAAUCGGCCCUGUCGUCCCGCGCGCACUGCCGCCGCGCGCCUAUGAGAAUGAGGUGGUAACGGGCCCCCGGAUGACCCCGCGUCACCACUGUGAGGCCUACAGCUCAGCCGGGGAGGAGGAGGAGGAGGAAGAGGAGGAGAAGGUAGCUACAUCAAGCUGGCUAGCAGGCAGAUACAAAGGAUAUCAUGAAGUUUCCAGGGCCUUUGGAAAACCAGAGAUUGUCUUUCCUGUUGGAAAAGGCAAUCACUAGGGAAGCGCAGAUGUGGAAAGUGAAUGUGCGGAAAAUGCCUUCAAAUCAGAAUGUUUCUCCAUCCCAGAGAGAUGAAGUAAUUCAAUGGCUGGCCAAACUCAAGUACCAAUUCAACCUUUACCCAGAAACAUUUGCUCUAGCUAGCAGUCUUUUGGACAGGUUUUUAGCUACCGUAAAGGCUCAUCCGAAAUACUUGAGUUGUAUUGCAAUCAGCUGUUUUUUCCUAGCUGCCAAGACUGUUGAGGAAGAUGAGAGAAUUCCAGUACUAAAGGUAUUGGCAAGAGACAGUUUCUGUGGAUGUUCCUCAUCUGAAAUUUUGAGAAUGGAGAGAAUUAUUCUGGAUAAGUUGAAUUGGGAUCUUCACACAGCCACACCAUUGGAUUUUCUUCAUAUUUUCCAUGCUAUUGCGGUGUCAACUAGGCCUCAGUUACUUUUCAGUUUGCCCAAAUUGAGCCCAUCUCAACAUUUGGCAGUCCUUACCAAGCAACUACUUCACUGUAUGGCCUGCAACCAACUUCUACAAUUCAGAGGAUCCAUGCUUGCUCUGGCCAUGGUUAGUCUGGAAAUGGAGAAACUUAUUCCUGAUUGGCUUUCUCUUACAAUUGAACUGCUUCAGAAAGCACAGAUGGAUAGCUCCCAGUUGAUCCACUGUCGGGAGCUUGUGGCACAUCACCUUUCUACUCUGCAGUCUUCCCUGCCUCUAAAUUCCGUUUAUGUCUACCGUCCCCUCAAGCACACCCUGGUGACCUGUGACAAAGGAGUGUUCAGAUUGCAUCCCUCCUCUGUCCCAGGCCCAGACUUCUCCAAGGACAACAGCAAGCCAGAAGUGCCAGUCAGAGGUACAGCAGCCUUUUACCAUCAUCUCCCAGCUGCCAGUGGGUGCAAGCAGACCUCUGCUAAACGCAAAGUAGAGGAAAUGGAAGUGGAUGACUUCUAUGAUGGAAUCAAACGGCUCUAUAAUGAAGAUAAUGUCUCAGAAAAUGUGGGUUCUGUGUGUGGCACUGAUUUAUCAAGACAAGAGGGACAUGCUUCCCCUUGUCCACCUUUGCAGCCUGUUUCUGUCAUGUAGUUUCAACAAGUAUUACCUUUGAGUGUAAACUAAGGUAGACUACUCUGGGAAUGAGAACAUGCAAAAUCAGGAAAGGUUAUAGAAGGAUAUAUACCUUAACAGGCUGAUUUGGAGUGAGCCAGAAAAAAAAAAAAAAAAACUACUCUCAUUAUUUGUGUGGCUAAUUAUAAUUCAGUGUUACUUAAACACAUAAGGACCAAAAAAAAAAAAAAAAUCCAAAAGAUCCAAACUUUUUUUAAACUCAAAAAAUCUCUUUGUAGUAUGCCAGUUGCACUUUUUUUCUGCCAUAAUGUAACAUAGCUUGCCCCAUCAAAAAUUCAGUUAAAAUUCAUAGCCAGCAAACCUGUUCCCCCUCAGCAUCCUGAUUUAAUUUUCCUGUUGCUUUUGCUUGCUUCUCCAUUUAAGUUACUGAACUUAAUGCAUGCUGAUCUGUAUUGAUUCUCACUGAAUAGGAAACCCCAAAAUUAUGUUUUAGCAGUCGAACAAAUUAUUUCAGUGUGACAGCCAUGAUGCAAGUUCCAAUUAGUAUGAAAAGGUACUUUGGAAUUGUCCCAUAUUAAUCAGAGACAGCAACAGAAAGUUCUCAUAUUACCAGGUUGAUUUUGUGUCUCAUUUCAAAUUUUAAUUUAAAAUUAUGGUUUUCAUUUUUGUUUACCUUAAAGUGAUACUUAAAAGUGGUAUAUAAUUAGGACACUUAGAUUUGUUGAAAGCAUUUUUGACAUUUGUAUAAAAGAAUUUGUGAUAAAGUUAAUAUAUCCAGGUGCUCACCAAAGAAACAUGUAUGUAACAACUGAAAUUAGAUUUUUCUAACUGAUAGUUUUCACUCAUUUAUAAUCAGUAGGAGAGACUGUCUAGAUGUUGGGGCAGCUCUGUGAUUUGAGUCUGUAACAUGUUAUAACUGAAUUUAGUACCCUAGUUUUGUUAAGCUAUUAGGAUUUUCUAAUAGAACUUACUCCUCCCCCUGCCUCCCCAGCCUACUUAUAGUUCUCUUAAUGACUUCUGGAUCCUGAGCUCCCUUUGCAGUCUGAAAAAGGUAUUGCAGUCAGAUCCGUGUACUGAUGAUAAAAGCCUCUGGUAGCAAUAAAAAGUUGUCCUUAA